GMGGCCGAGCGGCUGGUGCGGUGGGGUGGGCUCCGCGCGGCGGCGGCUCUGCGGGACCGCGGCCACGCUCCACCUGCGCCGCACCUCCUGGCGGGAGCGCGGCGCUCACGGUUUGCUCUGAGGCCACAUUAAUGAGACACAUGGAGUCACCUUUGACAACAUCACCUGGGAGAGACUGAUGUCUUUGUCCUUAAAAAGCCAUGUGGACAACAAAUAGCGGAGGAGCCGAGUGCCAAUGCUGCGCCUUUUAGUAUCAUYGAUAUGUUUGUUAAAGCGUCAAGACAGAGGGUUUGUGCAUGAAGAAAACAGUUUGUUCAUUAGUGUUAUUUUUAGCAGCUUUUAAAAAUUCUCAUCUUACUGUGUACCCCGCUCCUACAGCAUCUAAGACGUAAAAGUCUCCACCUUGUCUAAGUAGCUUUCCUUCUGUCCCCGGGAACUUCAUCGGCUGACCCGGUUCCUGCACACCCAGGUCUUCAGAGGCUCUGCACCAGGGAGACAUGGACUUGGGGGCUCAGGCUGCACUGCGGGGCUGCAGUGGGCUUCAGUGGACGGUUCGAGACGUCGCCCGUCGCCCUCAGAGCCCUCACCUGCGUGUGUGGGUCCUGGCGUCGGUGCGGACCGUGGCCUGAGCAUGGCCUGGGUGAAGUUCCUGCGGAAGCCUGGGGGCAGCCUUGGGAGAGCCUACCAGCCGGGCAGCACACUGUCACUGGCACCCACCAAGGGCCUGCUGAACGAGCCUGGGCAGAACAGCUGCUUCCUCAACAGCGCUGUCCAGGUCUUAUGGCAGUUGGACAUAUUCCGGCGAAGCUUACGGGUUCUGACUGGACAUGUCUGUCAGGGAGAAGCCUGCAUAUUUUGUGCACUGAAGACGAUGUUCGCGCAGUUUCAGCACAGCCGGGAGAAAGCCCUGCCCUCCGACAACGUCAGGCAUGCGCUUGCAGAGAGCUUCCGCGAUGCCCAGCGCUUCCAGCUGGGCCUCAUGGACGAUGCCGCCGAGUGCUUCGAGAACAUCCUGGAGCGGAUCCACUUCCACCUGGUGCCGAGCAGAGACGCAGACAUGUGCACCUCCAGGUCCUGCAUAGCCCACCAGAAGUUCGCCAUGACCCUGUAUGAGCAGUGCGUGUGCCGCAGCUGUGGAGCCUCUUCAGAUCCUCUGCCUUUCACGGAGUUCGUGCGGUACAUCUCCACCACAGCCCUCUGCAAUGAAGUUGAGAGAAUGCUGGAGAGGCACGAACGCUUCAGGCCUGAAAUGUUUGCGGAACUGCUGCAAGCAGCCAACACAGCCGGCGACUACAGGAAGUGCCCUAGUAAUUGUGGCCAAAAAAUAAAAAUCCGCCGUGUUUUAAUGAACUGCCCAGAGAUUGUCACGAUUGGUUUGGUCUGGGACUCAGAGCAUUCUGACCUGACUGAGGACGUCGUCCGGAACCUAGCAACACACCUCUAUCUUCCUGGGCUCUUCUACAGGGUCACUGACGAGAGCGCCCGGAGCAGUGAGCUGCACCUGGUGGGCCUGAUCUGCUAYGCCAGCCGACACUACUGUGCCUUCGCCUUCCACACCAAGAGCUCCAAGUGGGUGUUUUUUGAUGAUGCAAAUGUGAAAGAGGUUGGAGCUAGGUGGAAAGACGUGGUCUCCAAAUGCACCCGGGGUCACUUCCAGCCGCUGCUCUUGUUUUACGCCAACCCAGACGGCACGGCAGUUUCCACUGAAGAUGCUCUCAGGCAGGUGGUCACCUGGUCACAUUACAAAUCUGUUGCAGAAAAUAUGGGAUGUGAAAAGUCUACAAUUCAUAAGUCAGAUAGUUGCAAAGAAAAUGAGUGUACCGGUCACGGUCACGGAGAACUGAGAGGAGGUCAGAACCCUCAGAGUGAGGUGUCGUCAUUUAAUCGGAGCCCCGUUCAAGCAAGUGGAGGGAGAGGAGCAGUUAAGCUAAGCCAUGGUGAUCAAAGGGAAAAGGUGAAAGACAUCUCCAGAGAGUGUGCUCUGAGAGCCAGGCGGCAGAGAAGCUUGCUUUCUGCCCAGUGGAGAGCUCUCGAGCAGGCACAGAGGAAGGACACGGCCCGGCACAGAGGUAUGUCUGAUGAGGAGCUCUCACAUGUCAAGCCUGGGUCACCACCUGCCUCCAGUGACUUCAGGCGACAGGACAGCGCUCGGCUCUGCCACAGUCAAGGGAAGGAGCCGUGUAGACAGGAGCGAGUGGCCUCUCAGAGUCGAGCUGCUGGGCAGACAGCGAGUCCCAGCAAGUCCCAGGCGCCUGUUCCAGGAGAGAGAACGGCCAGCAAGGGCAGCGGUGCUGGGUGUGGCCCAGACAGCAGCCAGAGCUCUCGGGACAGACAUGGUGGCCGCAGCCGGAGCCGGGGCCGAGGGUGGAGGCCUCUGAGGGAGGCCCUGAAUGUGGACAGCGUUUUCAGUGACAGUGGGAAGAGGCAGCACAGCCCACGGCGCCAGGCGGACAUCAGCCAUGGACCCCAGGGGGGCCAGGAGCAGACCUGUGGCAGUUGGUCCAAGCAGAGCACAAAGCAGAAAGGGCUGGUGACCAUCUACGAGGACGAAGGGAAGCUGGAGACAGGAAGCAGGAGCUCCCUGGACUCUGGCGGGAAGGGAGCAGAGAGCAGGGCAGGCCCCGUGGAGCGUGGGGUUCCUGGUGACGGCUGGCAGGUGCAGAGGACCGAGUCUGGGUAUGAAAGCAGCGACCACGUCAGCAACGGGUCUGCCAGCCUAGACGCGGCAGCUGCCGACGGGGGUGGCCCAGCAGUGACCAGCGGUGCUGCUGGAGAAGCAGGGACUUGCAGUGACCAGAUCACGAUGAGCAGCCCACACGCAGAGCAUGCGGACUGCACCUCCCACCAGAGCAGACGCCACGCAGAAGAUUUUAGAAGAGAACAUAAGGACUUGGAAGCAGGCUGUAAAUCCCCUGAGCUCCACCCAGGAUCACAUCUGCAAGUAAAAAGUCAUUUGGUGAAAAGGCCACAUGCCCAUGAAACCAGUGGAAACUUCCUUCCUUCGCCUGGCCCCCAAAUACYCAAGGACCACACUGCAAGAGAGCACACCCACCAGUCAGGUCAUCGGGAAUCUGAAAAACCGAAUGGAGGCCGCUUGUCUGAGUGGCUUAGUAGAGAACAUUCUGAGAGGGCAGCUUUGCCCUUUCACCUCAGUGACAGUUCGCCUGGAAAGAGAGUGAACAGUAGUGAAGUGGCCUCCCCGUCUUCAUCCCGUUCUGCACGUUCCAGGGCUGUCGGCCCAAAGCCGGACGCUGCUCCGCAGCAGACCAGGAUAGGGCCAUGCUACUGUGAGAACUCUCCUUCCACGGAACCUGUGGCUCAGCCAGCCUGCCGAUGUGAUGGUUGCCAGGGGCCAGAACUUCUUUGUCAGCUUCUGCCACCCGCAUUGCCACCAAAGAAACAUGCUGUUACUAGUGUGCCAAAGUCGGAGAGGAGUGAGUCUGUGCCUGACGUCAGACUUUCAGGGGUGUUCAGCGGUCCCACGAGGCCAAGCGCAGUGUCAGAGCCAGGUUCAGAACUCAGUACACAUGCGGACCACCUGAGAUGCAGAGASACCCUUCAAGUGAAGUUGCGUACGGGCAGCAGAGCCCCCUGCCUGUUCAACUCUGCAGCUUGUGGGUUUCAGGCAAACUCAACGACAGUUGAUGAUGCACUCUGCCAGCCAGAACUGGACUCCAGUUCUCCGUGCCCAAGUGAGACCGUCUCAUUAACUACCUAUUUUUCAGUUGACAGCUGCAUGACUGAUACGUACAGACUGAAAUACCAUCAGAGGCCCAAGCUCUGCUUUCCAGAGAAGACUGGCUCUUGUCACAGCCCUUCACCGACUCAGAGUGAUAGAAGCGUAGGACCUGUCACAUGAUGGCCUUGGCCCACCCUGCCCUUCCACAAGUCCAGCAUGCACUGUAGCAGGUAGAUGAUGGAGUCCACCAGCUUAUUCUCAGAGGCCAUUAAGAUAUUCCUAGUGACCAAGAAAAUCAAAUCUGUGGCAUUUUAAAAAUCAUAUAUAUGCAUACACACAYACAAAUGAAUAUAAAUAUAAUGUUAAAAUGUUUUGCUCUAUAAUGAUCAAUUACUGGAUAUUUUGGAAAUUCACUUUGAAUAUCGUGGCAUGCCUUGAAAAAUAGCAAGUCAGGGAAUCUAUAAUACUAUUUGUCAUAUGUAACAGUUGAAUAAAAAUUAGAUUUGUCCCCCUCUAACAUGGCUAGUAGACCCAUAGUAUCAAACUGACCAGUUCCACGGGAA